AUGAUCCCCGAGAGCGAGUCUCUCAUGGGCCACCUACUGGCCCUGAAUGCGAGCACAGAUGACGUGAUUCAUGGCAAGGGCUUCUUCGGCGUGACCUACUGCAUGCUGACAUGUCCAGUGAUUUGGGUGAAAAUCAUCUACCACCAGUGGCUCGCGAAAAGUGACGCCAAGAAGAUGGUGGCCGACUCCUUUGCGGCUUCGGACGAUCUCACGAUGCUGCCAACCGUAAAUCAAGGGCUGGCUGACACCUUCCGCGGGACGAUGAUUCAGACCGCUCGGACCUUCCUCAAGGUCGUCGACAACAGCUUCGUUCAGCGAGUGCUGCUUUCUCUGUUCUUUGCACCCCUGGGUCUCUUCCGCCUCGCGACCAAGAUGUCACCGCUUGGAUUGUGCUUCUUCAAGCAGGCAUGGAAGGAGCUGAAUGCAACCGAGGGGUACGAGCAGAAGCACACGACCUGGUGGGACUUCUUCCUCAUGGGAUGCCCAGAGCACGCCGUGGAGUCACCACCCUUCGAAGAUGAGGACAGCUCUAGCCCGCUGUUGGGAUCUAUGGUGUAUGCGCUGGCGCAGCCCGAGGGCCUGGAAAUGGAUGACCAGGCGGCGAAGUGGUCCAGCGCUUCCACCCACGUGCAGUGCGUGCGGAAGCUGAGCCGGCAAGGAGUGUGGUCCAAGCGCAGGAUCACCAUCGAGAGGGGCAUCAUCACCUGGACGGCAGAUUCCGUGUGCAAGGAUGUCGGAGUUCUCGACCAGGUGAGGGAGUUCUUCGGCCACGAGAAAGUCUUCUCACUGGAGUUCCUUACAAAGCCCCCGGAGGAAGAGACGGUGUCGCUUUUCAAUGACACCGAAUGCAUGAGUUUCCAGAACCCGUACAGGCAGUUCACAUUCUGUGCCGAACCGGGCUAUAACAUGCAGAGGGCAAAGCAAGUCAUGGACGAGCACCUGGGCAUUUUGGGCGGUGAACGACAACUUUUGCAGCUGACGGCCAAGGUAGAAAGGCUUGUGGCAGCCAGUGCAGCGAGCAUGGACGACGGAGAUGAUAAGACUGAAGUUGAGAAGUUGUCUUCGGAAAUGGAUGGUUCAGGAGACUCGAACGUCUCCGAGGUGGCGGCCCAGAUCGGCGAGAUCUCCGACUCGGUCGCGCCGGAGGCUCAGAGCGCCAAGAAGAUUCUCCAGCAGGUGAAGACCGGCUCCUCCCUGCUCGCCAAAGGCGACUUUCACGCCGGGACCGCGCUCUUGCAGGAAGCCUACGCCGCCGCCCACCGCCAUGAGGAGCUCUCACAGCUCAUGCACGGCAAGAGCGGCAAGCUCGGGAAGUUGGCUGCGGGCUCGGCAGAGGCAGCCGGUACAGCCGGGGGCAUCUCCACAACGGAGCUCAUCAUCAUUCUCAUCGUUUGCGGUGGCGGGCUCCUGUGCCUCGGGGUCGGGUUUGCGAUUGCCGCGAACAACCUCCUCGAGGUCGACUCGAAGGUGCAGUCCUGGGCGAACGUCACUCGGGCGCUGCCCCUGCCUCCCGUCACCUCCUUCUUUGCGCCAGCCAGUCGAUCUGGAACUCCUGAGGAGUUGAAAUACCUGGUGGACACCGCGCAUGGCCUUGGGAUCCACGUGCUCAUGGACCUCGUCCAUGCCCACGCCUCCUCCAACACCCUGGAUGGGAUCGCGCAGAUGGAUGGAACCGACCACUGCUACACGCACGGAGGACCCAAGGGACAUCACAGCGAAUGGGACUCGAAGAUCUUCAACUACCUGAAGUACGAGGUGCUCCGCUUCUUGCUCUCAAAUGUCAAGUGGUGGCUGGAGGAGUACCAGUUUGACGGCUUCCGUUUUGAUGGCAUCACCUCGAUGUUGUACCACUCUCAUGGCAUUGGCAAGGGCUACACCGGCGGUUACCACGAGUACUUCGGCCCAGAUGCGGACAUUGACAGCCACAUCUACCUCAUGUUGUCCAACGACCUCAUCCACACCGUGGUUCCGUCCGCGAUCACGGUCGCAGAGGAUGUCAGCGGCAUGCCCACGAUUGGCCUUCCUGUGGAGUAUGGCGGCUUCGGCUUCGACUACCGCCUGGCCAUGGCUAUCCCGGACAUGUUCAUCAAGCUGCUGAAGGAAGUGGGCGACGAUGGUUGGGAUAUGGGCCACAUCUGCUACACGCUGACAAACAGGCGCCACCUGGAGAAGGUGGUUGCUUAUGCUGAGUCUCACGACCAAGCCAUUGUCGGUGACAAGACCAUUGCAUUCUGGCUGAUGGAUGCGGCAAUGUACACAGACAUGAGCAUCUUGCAGACUCCGCACCACACCAUGCCAGUGGAUCGCGGACUGGCGCUGCACAAGAUGAUCCGCCUGCUGGUGCAGGGUCUUGGAGGCGAGGGCUACCUCAAUUUCAUGGGCAACGAGUUCGGCCACCCUGAGUGGGUGGAUUUCCCCCGGCCGGAGAACGGCUGGAGCCACCACCACUGCAGGCGUCGCUUCGACCUGCCCGAGGAUGACCUGCUGAGGUACAAGUUCUUCCAGAAUUUCGAUGAGCUGAUGAACGCGCUUGAGAACCGAUUUCAGUAUCUGGCUUCACCACAUCAGUAUGUCACGCUGAAGCACGGCGAGGACAAGGUCAUUGUCUUCGAGCGAGGCGACUUGCUGUUCAUCUUCAACUUCCACCCAUGCAAUAGCUCCUUGCCAGCAAAAUUUCGGGUUUAG